CAUCACAGUUGUGCGGUGACCGUCUAAGGGAGUGGAACGGUUUUCCGGUUCAACGUAUUCCACUUAAUAUUUCCACUUUAUUCAAUAAAUUAAUUCAUUUUUAAAUUUGUUUUUUUAAAAAGAAAAGUGUGAAACAAACUUUCUAAAAUUAAUUUUUUAGUUUUAUUUUUUACUGUCAUAAAUAAAUUGUAAACUUCUAAUUAUUUGAAUAAUUGUAUACCGGAAAUAAGAGUUUCGCGCCACAUUAAGUUCAGUGUAAACAUUUGUAACAUCUUCAUUACUACUCUUACUGUUUGCCAUUUAAUGGCAUAUUAUUACUCGAAGGUCUAUCCAUGAUAUGACCCAGUCUCGAGAGAUCCUCGCUAUGAUGGACACACAUACGACGUUUGGUCGAAAAAGGGGUUGUACAGUUUCAAGAUGCGGAGGUUUUUUAUUAGGAUCGGCUUUCCUCUUGGGCCUUGUUACAACGGGACUUCUAGUCUUCCACUUUGCUCCAUGUUUAGAGGGGAAAAAAAUAAGAUCAUAUGAAGAUUUUUUUGGCAAUUCAAAUCUUCAAACAAUAAAAGCAUUAGGAAAUAAAAAUAAAAUUGAUGUCAGACUUCCAAGAUCUGUUUUACCUGAUUUCUAUGAGCUGAAAUUAACACCCUUCAUUUGGGAGGGUAACUUCACUUUCAACGGCGAGGUGAAAAUAUUAGUUAACGUCACGGAGAAGACGAAAAAUAUAACACUCCAUGCAGUUGAUUUGAAAAUCGAUGAAAAAGUCACAAGUGUCAAUGAAUAUAGUCAGAAUAAUAAAUCGAAAUUUUUAAAAGUUGAAAAUCAACAAAAUGACACUGCCCGACAAUUUUUUAUAAUAAAAACAACAGAAUAUUUAAAACCUGGAAAACAAUAUACAGUGUACCUGAAAUUUAAAGGCAAUCUCAAUGAUUAUCUUCAAGGAUUCUAUAGAAGUUCUUAUAAAGUAGAUAAUCAAACAAGAUGGAUAGCGACGACGCAGUUUCAACCAACCGACGCUCGUCGCGCUUUUCCCUGCUUUGAUGAACCAGCACUCAAAGCCAAAUUUCAAAUUAGUAUUGCAAGACCAAAGAAUAUGACUUCCGUUUCAAACAUGCCUCUAAAAGGGGAACCAGUUCCAGUUUCUGGCCUGCCUACUUAUGAAUGGGACCACUAUGAACCUUCAGUACCAAUGUCAACAUAUUUGGUAGCAUUUAUUGUCUCUGAUUUUAAGGUUCUAAAAUCAGAAGAGGACAAAUUUGGUGUAUGGGCACGAAGUGAGGCUAUUAAUCAGUCACAUUAUAGUUUAAAAAUAGGACCAAAGAUUUUAAGGCACUAUGAGGAUUAUUUUCAAAUUAAAUUUCCAUUACCAAAAAUGGAUAUGGUUGCGUUACCUGAUUUUUCAGCUGGUGCAAUGGAAAAUUGGGGUCUUAUUACUUAUAGAGAAACAGCAAUGCUUUUUCAAGAGGGCGUAUCCACUAGCAACAAUCAGCAAAGGGUUGCUGCUGUGGUUGCUCACGAGUUAGCUCAUCAAUGGUUUGGUAAUUUGGUUACUCCAAGUUGGUGGUCGGAUCUCUGGCUUAAUGAAGGUUUCGCCAGUUACGUGGAAUAUAUUGGAAUGAAUGCCGUGGAACCUGAAUGGAUGGUCCUGGAACAAUUUGUAGUUCACGAAUUACAAAAUGUUUUUGGAUUAGAUGCUUUGGAAAGUUCUCAUCCAAUUUCAGUGGAAGUGGGACAUCCAGAUGAAAUAAAUGAAAUUUUCGAUAAAAUAUCCUACGACAAAGGUGCUUCAAUAAUUCGCAUGAUGGAUCACUUUCUCACAACUGAAGUUUUCAAACAGGGACUAUACAACUAUCUUAGCGAAAGAGCUUACAAAAGCGCAGAGCAAAAUGAUUUGUGGGCAGCUUUAACGAAACAAGCACACAAAGAUAAAGUUCUCGAUCGAGAUGUAACUGUAAAGAAAAUAAUGGAUACCUGGACACUUCAAACAGGUUUUCCACUAGUCACUGUUAUUCGUGAUUAUAAAAAUGGUGGUGCUUCCAUAACUCAGGAACGUUUCAUGUUGCAAAAUAGUACUUCAUCCAAUUCAGGCGAAUCGAUGCCACGUUGGUGGAUUCCAAUUACCUAUACGUCCAAAAGUAAACUGAAUUUCAAUAAAACACAACCGUCACAUUGGAUGAAAGCUGAAAAAUCGCUCAUCAUCCCUGACCUUGAUGCUAGUUCCUCUGAAUGGGUUAUAUUCAAUAUUCAAGAAACAGGAUACUAUCGCGUAAAUUAUGAUCAAGAAAAUUGGCAAAAGCUAAUUAAGCAAUUAAAUCAAGGGAAUUUUAAAGACAUCUCAACGAUAAACCGUGCACAAUUGAUAGACGAUGCAUUAAACUUGGCAAGAACUGGAAAAUUGAACUAUUCCACUGCCUUAGAUGUUACUUCCUAUUUAGUACGUGAAACAGAAUAUCUUCCCUGGAAAGCGGCUUUAACUGCCAUGAGCUACUUAAACAGUAUGCUAAUUAAAUUCCAAGGCUACGAUAAAUUUAGAGUGUAUGCUACAAAACUUUUGGAUAAUAUUUAUAAACAAACUGGUUUUAAAGAUUCCUAUGAUGAUCCACAAUUAACGGUUUUCACUCGUUUUGAUGUUUUAAAUUGGGCUUGUAAUUUUGGCCAUGAGGAUUGUGUGCGAAAUGCUGUUAAACAAUUUAUCAAUUGGCGAAAUUCACCGAAUCCAGAUGAAGAUAAUCCGAUUGCACCAAAUUUAAAGAGUGUUGUGUACUGUACAGCAAUUCGAGUUGGAGGUCAAGCAGAAUGGGAAUUUGCAUGGCAACGUUAUUUGUCAACUAAUGUUGGAACAGAAAGAGAUCUUCUUCUUGUUGCACUUGGAUGCACAAGGGAAACAUGGCUGUUAAGCAGAUAUCUUGAUUGGGCAUUGACUGAAAAUUCAGGAAUAAGAAAACAAGAUGUCACACGAGUAUUUGCAUCGGUUGCUAACAAUAUAAUUGGUCAACCAUUGGUUUUUAACUAUUUCAGAAAUAAAUGGACUCGCAUUCGAGAAUACAUUGGAACUUCUAUAAUGACCAUUAGUACAAUUGUAAAAGCUUCAACAAAGAGAAUCAACACUAAAUACGAAUUAAAAGACUUAUUGGAUUUUGCAAAAGAGCAUGGCGAACAACUUGCAAGUGCAACAAGAGCUGUACAACAAUCAGUGGAACAAGCGGAAGCCAAUAUCAGAUGGUUAGAACAAAAUCAUGAUUCUAUUCGUAAUUGGUUACAAGGUAAUAUUGCGUAAUUAAAAAUCGCACAAAUUAUAUUCGCGAGAAUAAUUAUUAUAUAUAGGCAACAAAGAAAAAUGCCUUCUGUCAUUGUGCCCAAAAUUUACAUUUUUAUUUUCAUAAAAAAAAAACAAAUAUUCUCGGAAUAUGGAGAAAAAAAAAUCCUUUCUGUAGGUAAUUGUAAAUAUAUACAUUGCGUGAUCUUAAUAUAUGUGCAUAUAAAUUAUACGUAAUAUUAUUUUUAAGGAAAACAUUAGUUUAUAAUUGAAAUGAUGAGAGCAUCAAUUUUUUUAUUUCUAUCUGAGAAACAACAAUUUUACUCUCAGUGUUAUCAAAUGUAUCAGAAAGUGUCAAAACAGAUUUAAAAAAUCUCAUUUUAAAAAAAUCACUAGUAAGAAAACACUAAUCUCUAACAGUAAAAAGAAAAUUUUAUAUUAAGAAAAUUUUUAUUUGAACUUAUAAUAUUUUUAAAAAUGUUUUUAUUAAUUUUUUAAACGAAUUUCUUAUGCCAGUACUUUGUAUAUUUUUAAUUAUCUGCCAAAAGCAGGAUCUGAAUUUAAGAUAAAUCUUUAUAAAAUUUAAUUUCAAUUUAAUAUUAAACAUAUCUUAAGAUGAAAUUUUCUUAUUGCACAUAAUUUCCAUUUUCUGAGAUUAAAAUAUUUUAUAAUAAUUAACAUUAUCAUUAUCAAUCAUUUUCAAGCUCAAAAUUUUUUUAAAAGAGAAAAAAAAACUUUUUUUUAUACUGACAAUGAAUCGCUUUUAAGUAAUGAACUCUUUUAUGAACGUUUUUCAUAAUUUUUUAUAAGAAAAUCAUUACAAUCAUUGAAGCAGCGCACAAUCUUGUAACUUUUCAUUAGAUACACUAUAUCUUAUAUAGAAACAAGAAAGUAUUUAUAACAAUCAUUCCACUUGUGAAAAUCAUCGAUGUGAUUACAGUCGUCCAAUUAUAGUAUACAUAUUCUGUAAACUAUAUAAUUAAAAAUAUUUUAAAGAAUCUUAUAUCUUAUAAAUAUAAAAAUUAAAAAAAAAAAAUUAUUAUUUUAAAUCAAGGAUGCCAUUGUCGGUACUGAAUAAAUAAAACUGCAU